CAAAAGUGUUCCAAUUUCCUGCGAAUGCGUGCCAUCUCCUUCAUGAAACUUUUCUUUCCCACUUUCAAACUACUACUCUGCUCUAAAAGAACCCAUCAAUUCUGCUGAGUACUCAGCUGUCAUCAGUCACCAACCAUGGUCUCAUUGAGAACAAUAUCUGCUGAAUCUCCUAUCCAAGUCCCCUCUUCUCUCCGCUGGAACUUCUCUUGCUCUCUGUGUGACCCUUAAACUUCCUCAACAGCAUAAUAAGCCUUGGUGGGGAAUUCCUUGCUUCUUGGGUUUGGACGUCAAUUAUGACCGAGGCACGAUUGGGAACAUAGUCAUGGAACCAGGUCCUUCUCCCGUAGGUUUGGUCCUAUACCGUAUCAACCAACCACAUGUUGCUUGGCAUUUAUUUUCUUGAACACGGAGAGGAUUGUAUUCUGUAAUUUAUAUUUAGUCAUAAAAUAUUAUAAAAAAAUCAUUUUUUUAUGUAUUGAAAAUUAUACAUAACAUCAUUUUGAGAUAUUUGCUUAAAUUUUUUAUCUAACCAGUGUUUGAUGAGAUAUAAGGUAUCUAAAAAUAGUUAUAUUUCAAUUCUCCAAAACAGCUUGAUCAGUCUUCCAACAUCAUGUUCUCAAUCACCCUUUUAAUCAAAUGCCCAAAGUGCUUGAUUCCUUCUUGAGUUUUCCUUUGAAGGUUCAAAGUUGAAGGCUGUCAGAACCCCAGAAUGGAGUAUAACCAUUUGAAAUCACUGUCAGAAACUUUGUGACCGUGAUAACCUCAAGAACUUGACAGUAUUCAGACUGGAAGUCACUGGCCACGUGAUCAUCAAUGGCCAGGAAGCUCAGGGCCUUGAAAAUCAGAGAAAUGGAAGAUAUGUUUGUACCCAUCUUGAAAGACUGCCCCAACAUAGUAGAAUUGAAGAAAAUCCAUGCCCACAUUGUCAAGUUUUCACUCUCACAAAGUAGCUUUUUGGUGACAAAAAUGGUGGACGUGUGUAAUCACUAUGGAGAAACAGAGUAUGCAAAUUUGUUAUUCAAAGGAGUGGCUGACCCAAAUGCUUUCUUGUACAAUGCAAUGAUCAGAGCUUAUAAGCAUAACAAAGUUUACGUCCUAGCAAUCACUGUUUACAAGCAAAUGCUUGGAAACCCCCAUGGUGAAAACCCCAUUUUUCCUGACAAAUUCACCUUCCCAUUUGUUGUUAAAUCAUGUGCAGGGCUUAUGUGUUAUGAUCUGGGAAAGCAAGUUCAUGGGCAUGUGUUCAAAUUUGGGCAAAAGUCCAAUACAGUCGUUGAAAAUUCACUUGUGGAAAUGUAUGUAAAAUGUGAUAGCUUGGAUGAUGCCCACAGGGUGUUUGAGGAAAUGACUGAAAGAGAUGCAGUUUCUUGGAAUACCCUCAUUUCAGGGCAUGUUAGAUUAGGGCAGAUGAGAAGGGCAAGAGCUAUCUUUGAGGAGAUGCAGGACAAGACCAUUUUUUCUUGGACAGCUAUCGUUUCCGGGUAUGCUCGAAUUGGGUGCUAUGCAGAUGCAUUGGAAUUUUUCCGGAGAAUGCAAAUGGUCGGUAUUGAGCCGGAUGAGAUCAGUCUUGUUUCUGUUUUACCAGAUUGUGCCCAGCUAGGAGCUCUUGAGUUAGGGAAAUGGAUACAUAUUUAUGCAGAUAAAGCCGGGUUUUUGCGCAACAUUUGUGUUUGUAAUGCUUUGAUCGAAAUGUAUGCAAAAUGUGGAAGUAUAGAUCAAGGGCGUCGCUUGUUUGAUCAGAUGAAAGAGAGGGAUGUGAUAUCUUGGAGUACAAUGAUCGUAGGGCUAGCAAAUCAUGGAAGAGCUCGUGAAGCUAUUGAAUUGUUUCAAGAAAUGCAGAAGGCAAAGAUUGAACCCAGCAUCAUCACCUUUGUCGGUCUUUUAACAGCUUGUGCCCAUGCUGGCCUUUUGAAUGAGGGAUUGAGGUACUUCGAGUCCAUGAAAAGGGAUUACAAUAUAGAACCAGGGGUUGAGCAUUAUGGUUGUUUGGUCAAUCUUCUUGGUCUUUCUGGACGCCUUGAUCAGGCUCUUGAACUCGUAAAGAAGAUGCCAAGGAAGCCGGAUUCACCCAUUUGGGGUUCGUUAUUGAGUUCCUGCAGAAGUCACGGCAAUCUCAAGAUUGCAGUCAUUGCAAUGGAGCAUCUGCUAGAGCUUGAACCAGCCGAUACAGGGAACUAUGUCUUGCUUUCAAAUCUUUAUGCAGACUUGGGAAAGUGGGAUGGUGUAUCGAGGAUGAGGAAACUCAUGAGAAGUAAGAGCAUGAAGAAGACACCAGGGUGCAGUUCAAUUGAGGUGGACAAUAUGGUUCAAGAAUUUGCAUCAGGUGAUGAUUCAAAACCAUUUUCCAAAGCUAUAUGUAGGGUACUAAAGCUGCUGGUUAUGCAUCAGAGCAAAAUCAUCGAAAUUAUGGUUCAUGACAUAAGCUAAUUUUGUUUUAAAAUCAAGACAGUCUGAUGGGAUGAAAUGCUAUCUAUAUAUCCACCAGUAUGAUUGUUUCUGGGCAAUUUCAUUAACUGUGGCUCAUAUACCCAGAGCCCGCAAUGGCUCUAAAUAACAAGCAUAACCUGCUUUGAAAAUGAAGGAGUUCUUGCAUUACCAUGUGUCAGGCUUUUAAUUAAUUG